AUGCCGCUCUACCUCGCGUACUGUCCCGACAAGGAGGGCAACUUUGCGGGCCGGAUGAAGGAGCGCCAGGCGCAUGUGUCUGCCAGUGCGGCAGGAAAGAAGGCGGGCACGACGCUCUUCGGCCGCGCCUUCGUCGACGACGCGCACUCGCACCACGCGACCGAGCGCCAAAAGACCCCAGAGGACCAGCACGACGGCAUGGCGGGCAGCGUCAUGAUCUACCGGUAUCCCACGAUCGAGGCGUGCUGGGCGCGUAUCAGGGGGGACGCGUACUGGGUCGAGGGGGUGUGGGAUCGCGAGCGGGUCGUCGUGCGGGAGAUUAUCGGGGCCGAGGGGGACGAUGCGCUGCGGCUCGUCAUGGAGAAGUAG